GAGCAUGGACGCGCAUUCACAGUGAAGCCAUUGGUCAUCACCACCGGGAAUUGUAACGUCUGCUGUAUAUGAAAAUCUCCAUUCCGCUUCGGAAAAUUAUUUCUAAUUUCUGUGCAGCGAUAGUUUCGUGAAGUUAUUGAAUGAAAAUAUUUCUUAAAUCAAUUCGCGCCUAAAAUAUAGAAGUGAAAAUGUCGCUCCUCUCUAGGCAAGGAACAAUGGUCCGGAAAAACCGGAACUCGAUCAAAAGGUCAAUCCGUAGGAAGCAGACCAGCUCUAAACGAGAGCGGACAGGGCCUCCCGUGGUGGCCCAACCAACUGUGAUACAAAAGGACCACCCCCAGACCUCGCGGAUCUUAGCUAGUACCGUGGUGUCGUUUGAUGAUCAGCGACACUUAUGGAACACGUCCGUUGAUUGGCGAGCAGGCAGAGGUCAGGAGGUCGAUUCCAUGUAUGAUUCAGUUUUGUUGCAGUUGAAGGAAGCUAGUCACGAUUCCCACAACACCUGUCAGUUUUUGUCGCGUAGUAAAAACAUAAUUUGUCAUACAGUAUUAGUCACCGUUCUGGUGGGCGUGUCCAUGACGUUGCCAGUUGCCAUGAUAUUUAUAGGUGUCAAGUAUAUUAACGACUGUCCCAUCAAGCGCAGCAUUCCCAUUUACCUGCUUGUGGGAGGGUGCAGCGGAGUGUUAAGGAUACUCGCUACAAUGUGGCGGAACAUCCGGUACAGAAGACAGCUAGACUCCUACAACGAUUCUUAUAUCCACGAAGAUUUAUACGUAUCUCAGACCUAUCGACUGAUGGACGUAACACUCAGCUUAUUUCUGAUUGGUUGGCUUAUUGCCGGAAGUCACUGGGUUUUCAGUGUCUGGGAGCCGCCAUUUUCCCAGCCUCUUCAUGAACCCAGUAACUGGUGCGACAGGACUGUGUACAACUUUGCUGUGUAUCAAAUUGCGGGAUCCUACGCAUUCCUUUUCUUUGUUCUGUCUGUAAGCUGCGGAUUGACAAUUUAUCACAAAGCCUGCAGCUGAAAUUAAUUUACUAUUGAUAUAAUUGACCUUUAAAAUAUUCAUCUAAUUCAUAAUUAAUAAUUGUGUGUCAUAAAUGUUUCCAGUUGAUGAUGUGUUUUGUUACUAUUUUGAAUAUUGCAGUUACUACAAUCCAGUUCGAACUUUUUAAUUUUUAUCAUAGACUGUGUUUUGAUGUGUAGGAUAAGAAAAUAUAUUGUUUACACUA